ACUCUCUCAUAUUAUCCCCAUCACAUAGACACACACAGACACCCUGGGCUGGGCGCAGCCUGUGGAUUGUCCCGGCUAGCGUAGCGCACUCGCUUCUGCAGGACUGUUCAGGAACCAGAACUCAGGGUUGCAGGCUUUUUGUGUGGUCAUCGGGUUUGGUUUGGGCUAUUCAGGUUUUUUAUCCACUCAGCGGUACCCAUCACUGGCCCCAGCACAGAGGGCCGCUCCCAUUCAAGAUGACACCAUGUGAUGUGGGUAUGUAACCUCUGCCGGAAGGAGCAGGAGAUCCUCAUCAAGUCGGGAGAAUGGUUUUCGGGGCCGGAGGGGCGUCCGGCCAGCCCAGGGGGGCCCCUGAGCUCCACGGCCGGUGAGGGGGGUGCGCCGCAGCUGCGGGACAAGCGUCUCCAGCGCACACGCUCGCAGGCGCCACCGUCCACAGACGGCCAGCACGGGGCCGGCGUCGCCAUCGGUGACCGCACGCGAGGAGCCGACACGAUGCCCGCCUCACGCUCGAGAAGCGAACCGCCUCGGGAAAAGAAGCGACCGCUCUCCCUCCACGAGCAGAAUGGAAAGGUGAUUGGCCGAGGAGAGCGGAGGCGGGUCCCCGGGAAGCAGUCGUCCGAGGAGCGCCCUCCAGGGGACAGGCGGCGCCUGGAGAAGGCCCACAGCCAGGAGGAGGAGCCUGGUGAGGGGGACGGGACGGUCGGACAGCCGCCAGACCCGCGGAGGCGCUCGGCCCAGGACGAGGAGGCCGAGCGUCAGCGUCAGCGGGAGGAGGAGUUCCAGAGCCAGCACAAGAGCGACCCCAACCUGGCGCUACCGGUCAAGCACUUGAAGGAGGAGGAGCAGGAGAUGCGCAUGCACGCCAAGGUGUCCAAGGUGCGGCACGAGCGCCACCACAGCGACAUGGCCCUCAACGAGGUGGGCCUGGGGCCGCCCGGCGGUGGCGGUGGUGGCGAGAGCCGUGGCGAGGGGGGGCCUCGCGCUCCCCGGAGAGGCGGCCCCGGCAUGGACGAGCGCAAGAUGCUCCUGGACAACCACCGGGCGUACUCGGUGGAUAGGACCGCAGGGGGUGGAGGUGGGGGAGGUGGGGGUCACGGGAGCCAGGGCUCCCUGCACAAGCCGGGCCCCGGCGGGCCCCGGUCGGGGCCUCUGCCCCCGGAGCUCAGGGACUCGCAGGAGUGGGGGCCGCCCAAGGCGGGGGGGCCCCACCUGGAGCCAGCGACGGCAGCGCACAAGGGCCGGCACAUUGGCGGUGGCGGCGGGGUCCCACCGCCCGGCGACGGGCUCACGAGGAUCGACUCGCUCAGCUCCGACCAGUCGGAGUCCCUGCGUCCGCCGCCGACGCGGGCCUACAGGACCCGGCAGGGCGGGGGAGGCAACAAGCGGCAGAUGUCCAUCAGCAGCUCGGAGGACGAGGGCGGCUCCACGCCCGAGUACACCAGCUGCGAGGACGUGGAGAUGGAGAGCCUCGGCGAAAGAGGCGACUGGGACUGCUACCCAAUGGACCCAGCUGUAUGGCAUCAUCCGGUUACGUGGCAGCCGUCCAAAGAGGGAGAUCAUUUAAUCGGCCGCAUCACCCUGAGCAAGCGCUCGGCCAUGCCCAGAGAAGCUGGCUCCCUCCUGGGGCUGAAGGUGGUCGGGGGGAAGAUGACGGAGACAGGUCGGCUCGGAGCCUUCAUCACCAAAGUCAAGAAAGGAAGCCUGGCUGACAUCGUAGGACAUUUACGUGCAGGCGAUGAGGUGCUGCAGUGGAAUGGAAAGGCGUUACCGGGUGCAACCAAGAAAGAAGUCUACAAUAUUAUCUUAGAGUCUAAAAACGCCCCGCAAGUUGAAAUAGUCGUUUCAAGGCCCAUUGGAGAUACACCUAGAAUACCAGAAUCAACGCACCCUCCUUUAGAGUCAACGGGCUCCAGUUCCUUUGAGUCCCAGAAGAUGGAGAGACCCUCGAUAUCCGUCAUGUCCCCCACUAGUCCAGGGAUACUGAGAGACCUUCCACUCGUUCUGCCCGGGCAGCUCUCAGUGAAAUUAUGGUACGAUAAAGUCGGCCACCAGCUGAUUGUCAACGUCCUACAAGCCAGAGACCUGCCCCCGCGGCCCGACGACCGGCCCAGGAACCCCUACGUCAAAAUGUACUUCCUGCCCGACCGCAGUGACAAGAGUAAGCGUCGGACGAAGACGGUGAAGAAAAGCCUGGAGCCCAAGUGGAACCAGACGUUCCUGUACCCGCAUGUGCACCGCCGAGACUUCCGUGAGCGCAUGCUGGAGAUCACCGUCUGGGACCAGCCCCGUGCACAGGAGGAGGAGAGUGACUUCCUGGGAGAGAUUCUGAUAGAGCUGGAGACGGCCCUGCUGGAUGACCAGCCUCACUGGUACAAGCUGCAGUCCCACGACAUGUCCUCCAUACCCCUGCCUCAACCCUCACCCUACAUGCCCCGCAGACACACACACGGGGAGAAGAAGCUUCAGAGAUCUCAUCGCAUCAUUGAGACAGAUUAUGAUGAUGGUAUUACGGUAUUGUCCUCAGCAGCAGAGCGGAGCUCCAGAGACAAGGAGAGGUCCGGUACGCUGUCGGUGCCUGAGCAGCAGAGGGUAGUCCAGCACCGGUCUCGCUCCGUCUCCCCGCACCGCGAGGACCAGUGCAGAAACCGCUCACGGCCCUCUCACGUACCCAUGCAGAGGAGUUUGGAUGAGAUCCAUCAGAAUCGGCACCAUUCCCAUUCCCCGUCCCACUACCAUGACUCCCACCAGGAACACCGGUCUGGAGACUCAGACUAUGAAUACUCUGAGGACAGUGAGGUCCUCGAGAUGCACAGAUCAAUCCGGGGUGGGAGUGCCGAAUGCCUUCAUACCAACAGUGAUCUGCAGCCAUGUCUGGACCGGGUGCGGAGUGCCAGCACAACCUGUCUGAGGCCCGAUACGGGAUUCCACUCACCCGAGAGAGAGAGAUAUUCGGGGAGCCUAGACAGGCCAGGCUGUCAGAGAGCAAAUCACAAACUCAUAGAAAACGACAGGAUUCAGCCCACCUCCAUCCUGAGGGGGAGCCGGGGCAAAGCACCCCCGCUGCGCCCCUUUGGUCAAGCCCCAGGGGGCUCCUGCCCCAACUCCCCCCGCGUGGACAGGGCCCAUGGUGGUCACUCCCCCACUUCAGGGGCUCCCAGGGGCCGGGGCCGGCAGUUACCCCAGCUUCCGGCCAAGAGCAGCAGCAUAGAGCAAGACCCUGUCAAUUGUAACCCAGAGGAAAACUCAGCUCUGGCGGUGGAGGAGCGAGCGCGGCAGCUCCAGAUGAAGGUCCACUCCUUCAGGCCGUCCAGCUCAGGGCCACAGUUGGAGGCAGAGCUCAAGGCCAAGAGAGAGAUGUACAAGCAGAAGCGGCGCAGCAGUGAUAACGUGUCUGGCCGCUCGUCGGACAGCGAGCUGAGCGACGCGUCGGCCAUCUCCCACGCCAGCAGUGCCUCUCGCCUCAGCAGCGCUAGCUACAUGUCCGUCCAGUCCGAGAGACCCCACGGUGGACGCAUCAGGCAGGUGCCUGGCUCCGGCGGCCAGAGCAUGAUGAAGAGCACGAGUGUGAGCGGAGAGAUCUACACGCCCGAGCGCACCGACGGCAGCCAAUCGGACACGGCGCUGGGCCGGGUGGGCGGCUCCGGGAAGAAGCGACGGUCGAGCAUCGCUCGCGUCGUCUCCAUCGUGGGCAACCGCCGCAGCCGCAGCACCUCCCAGAUCACCGGGGCAGAUAAGAAGUCGAAGGCGGCGGGCCCCAUCCAGCGCAGCCAGGAGACGGGCAUGGCCGUGGAGCUGAAGCGCAACAUGAGUCGACAGCCCAGCCGCGAGUCCACCAACGGCAGCAUGGCCAGCUGCAACUCCGAGGGCAACUUGAUCUUCCCCCGCCUGGGAGCAGACAGUCAGUUCAGUGAGUUCCUGGACGGGCUCGGUCCAGCACAGCUGGUUGGCCGUCAGACUCUGGCCACACCUGCAAUAGGAGACAUCCAGAUCGGCAUGGCCGACAAAAAGGGCCAGCUGGAGGUGGAGGUGAUCCGGGCCCGUGGCCUCAUACAGAAACCAGGGUCCAAAUCUCUCCCCGCUCCCUAUGUGAAGGUCUACCUUCUGGACAGUGGAGCCUACGUAGCCAAAAAGAAAACCAAGAUCGCCCGCAAAACACUCGACCCACUUUACCAGCAAGCGCUGCUAUUCGAGGAGAGCCCAAAGGGUAAAGUAUUACAAGUUAUAGUCUGGGGAGACUAUGGGCGUAUGGACCACAAAUCCUUCAUGGGUGUCGCACAAAUCCUACUGGAGGAGCUUGACCUCUCUAGCACAGUGAUUGGCUGGUACAAAUUGUUCCCGCCCUCCUCGCUAGUAGACCCAACUCUGGCCUCGAUGAACCGCAGGGCGUCCCAGUCGUCCCUGGACAGCUCGUCCGCACCUGCAGGGGGGCGGUCGUAGUGAACUAAUAACCGCCACCCCACACCCCACACUCCACCCUCACCC